AUGUUAGGUCGAAAGCUCUUGAAAUGGUUCCCAAACAUCAAAAAGAGAAGCAUUGAUUUUUCGAAGCCAGAGUGCUCUUCCAACAAGCAGGAUCUCAAAGCUCACCAAAACCCCUCGAUCUACAGCACUAUUCGGCGAUACAAUGAGCUUGGAUCAGAAGCAGAUUGCCAAAGAAUUCGACGUCCUUCCGUGUUCCAGGAUAAGAAACUCCAGAAACGAAAGUUGGAGAACCAAGAUGAAAAUGAAGAGAACCUUCUUCCUCUCCUCCAGGAGGCAGCAAAUCUUUUGAAGAGACCAAUUAUUCUCAUUUCCCUUACAAAAUUUUCAAAUGGAAAUUCUUGGAUGCUUGACAUUGUUGAUGUCUACAACUCCCAAAGUGAUCGGGUGUGGGCAAUGGACGAUGCCAAACCCAUUGGGAAGGAUGGCAUGAAGCAGAAACUGAAAUUUCUUCAGGGGACUUUCAUCCCAGGGGCGCAUGCGGCAGGCAUGGGCAUCAUUCUGCUUUGGAACACCCGACAUCAAGUUCUCCCUUUGCUGUGCCGAUUGGGACGUCUUGAUCGGCUAGACCGAAUGGACCUGGUGAGCCGGCUAGACCGGCUAGGCCAUCUGGGCAGGACGACUCGGCUAGACCGGCUGGACCGUCUGGGGCUGAUGAGACCAUUGCGCCGGUUGGCCCGGCUGGACUGGCGGGACCAAGAGAGCCUACAGGGCAGAAUGAACCGUCUGGGCCUGUUGGACAAGCUGAACAGGCUCUACUCGGCUAUGAAGUCUUUCCUUUACACUUGCAAGGAAGCAACAUCAUGGUCCAAAAUACUAAAAUAG